AAGCAUGGUUUUAGGCUUUUAUAAGCAAGGAUGAAAGUUUCUUUUGAUGGAUUAGAAGUAAUUAACAAUUGACCAAUGUUUGCUUCACGGGCAUGGAGUCUGACGGAGCUUUCAUUAAAAAAUAACAAUUGGGUUGCUGAAACUGAAAGACUUUUAGCUUAUUUUGAACAUUAUAAGUAACUCUUGAGCUGUUCAAGGUUCUCUGUCUCUCUUUCAUGGCUCGGUCUGCUCCCAUUUCCAUAUGGAAGAUCCUUCUGGUCGCCGUUUUCCUUGCAUUGGCUAGUACUAAUCAAGUGUUGAGCUGCUACACCUCCAUCUUCAGCUUCGGUGACUCGCUCGCCGACACCGGGAACUUGCUCAUCCUUCAAGCUCAAGAACAUAAACCUUACUCCCGUAUCAGCCGAGUCCCAUAUGGAGAGACAUACUUUCAUCGUCCCACCGGUCGAUCUUCUAACGGCCGUUUAGUUAUCGAUUUCAUCGCUCAAUCUCUUGGACUUCCAUUCAUACCACCAUUUCUUCAACGCAAUAACAGCCAACCUGUUCAACAAGGACUUAAUUUCGCAGUUGUAGGAGCUACAGCUCUUGAUGACAGCUUCUUGCGAGAGAGAGGUAUCUUUAAUCCAGACAGCAACAAUUCUUUGGGAAUUCAAUUCCAGUGGUUCAAGCAAGUCUUGCCUUCUCUCUGCGACCCAUCAACAAAUUGCCGUGAACUACUAGCGAGAUCUCUGGUUCUCGCCGGAGAGAUAGGAGGGAAUGAUUUCAAUCAUGCAUUCUUUGAAGGAAAAAGCUUUCACGAUAUACGACCUUUGGUUCCUCUGGUCAUUAAUGCCGUCACUUCCACCGUCCAAAUGUUGAUCGAGCAAGGUGCAGUAACGCUGCUGGUCCCCGGAAACCUCCCCAUUGGAUGCUCGGCGGCCUACCUGACUCAGUUCCAAAGCCCAAACAAGGAUGACUACGACCCUGAAACCGGGUGUCUGAAGUGGCUAAACGAAUUCGCCCAGAAGUUCAACGACCAUCUUGUGAAAGAGCUGGAUGGGAUGCGAGAGCUAUAUCCUCAUGCCACCAUCAUCUAUGCCGACUAUUACAAUGCCGCCAUGCGUAUAUAUCGAUCUCCCAGCCAAUACGGAUUUACAAACGGGGCUCUCACAGCAUGCUGUGGAGGGGGAGGUCCAUACAACUACGACCGGACAGCCAUGUGUGGCGAUGCUGGUUCGAGGACUUGCGAGGACCCAUCAUCGUAUGUGAGCUGGGAUGGUAUUCACCUAACCGAAGCAGCCUACAGAUUGAUUGCCGAGGGUUUAAUCAGAGGACCAUAUGCUGUUCCCAGCAUCAAACAUUCAUGUGCAUCACUACCUCAGAUUCCCUUUGCUGAUACUAGAAGGAGGAGAUGAAUCAGAAGACUACGAUAAAUCUAUGAUGCCCAGAUUUGACCAAUCAAAACCCACCUGUGAUUUUUUAUAAGGAACAAUCAGGUCAAAUAAAUAUAAAUCCUCCUUUGUAUGGUGAAUAAAUGUAAAUAAAGGAACCAUCCAUGUAAAUCCUGGUUUGCUUUUUCUUCAGA